AUGGAUCCUCAUGGAGAACACUACCUUAACAAAGAGGCUGUGUUGUCACCCUUAGGUGCAGCACGAAUGUGCCAGUUGCUACUUGGUUGCACCAUAAUGGCCCUUGUGUCCCACAGUGCAGGCUACAGCGCCACCUAUGGCACCUUCUGCAUGUUCGUGUGGUGCUUCUGCUUCGCCGUUACACUGGUCGUGUUCACCUUGGACAUUACGCGGCUCCACACGUGCAUGCCCAUAUCCUGGGAUAACUUCACUGUGGCCUUUGCCAUGCUGGCAACACUCAUGUACAUCACUGCCUCCGUGGUCUACCCUGUGUACUUCCUCCACACAGACUGCCCUGAUGAGGGCUGUGAAGUCCAGAUAUACCGCAUUGCCGUCACUGUCUGCUCCAGCGUCUGCUGCUUCCCUUACGGUGCCGAGGUGUUCCUCACUCGAGCCAAGCCAGGGGCCGUGGUGGGUUACAUGGCCACCGUGUCCGGCCUACUCAAGGUGGUCCAAGGUUUUGUGGCCUGCAUUAUUUUCGGGGCCCUGGCCAAUGACAGCGAGUACAACCUCUACAUUGCCACCCAGUACUGCGUGGUGGUGUACAGUCUGUGCUUCUCUGUCACUGUGAUUGUGGUCAUACUGACAGUUUCUGGGAGGACCUCUGCCCUGCGGUUCCCCUUUGACCGGUUUGUGGUUGUCUACACCUUCUUCGCUGUGAUCCUCUACCUCAGCACUGCACUGAUCUGGCCCAUCUUCAGCUUUGACAAGAAGUACGGCACCAUGACUCGUCCUGAGGACUGCCCACGUGGAGAUUGUCCCUGGGACAGUAAGCUGGUGGUGGCAGUGUUCACAAACGUGAACCUGAUCCUUUAUUUUGUUGAUCUUGUUUACUCCCAGAGGAUUCGCUUUGUCUCCAGAUCUGCUGUCUGA